AGACGAUUUCGUCUAGAAGAGAACAACCAGAAGAGAUUUUUGAUUAGACUUCGAAGACUUUUUCGAAUCAGAAGCCAAAGAGCCUGUAAACUGCAAUUAUCUUUUAGUCGUAGAAAUAAUCUACUUCUUCCAGUCAGUAAUUAACUAAUUAUUGAUGGAAAAUCAAGUGAUUAAGAAAUCUGGGAAUGAUAGCGGAUCAAUUCUGCAAUUUGCUCCUAUUCAGAGUUUAAUCGAUGAGGGUUUUUGGCAUCGAAUUUCUUCAUUGAAGCUUAAUCAAUGGAAAACAGAUCAAUCUGCUGUCUCUAUUACUGGAUUUUUUGCACCAUGCUCACAUUUUCAAGUAUCAAACCACUUAAAUAUUAUUUCCGAAUCUUUUUCAUCUGAAACUAAUGAGCAUUCAUCGACAAAUUCAAGCCAUUCAAACAGAAAUAGAUGUGCUGUCCGGGGAACACUUUAUAAUACGAAUACAAUAGAGGGCUUCCGGGAGCUUGACAAACAGAAACUAUUGAAGGAAGAAGCUGGAAAGAUUUGGGAUGAUAUUAAUAAUGGGAAUGUGGAGAAAGAAUGUGCAUUACUUUCUAGAUUCCUUGUUAUUUCGUUUGCGGACCUAAAAAAAUGGAGGUUCUACUACUCUGUUGCAUUUCCUGCAUUAGUGCUUGAUCCUCCUGCUAAUGUGGUUGAUUUGAGGCCCGCUUCAGAGUGGCUAAGCUCAGAAGAGGCCGAGUCAGUGUCAGCUGCUUGCAAUGAGUGGCGUUCCUCAGCAGUCACUUCAGGCGUCCCCUUCUUUCUUGUUACUAUUGCUUCAAAUUCACAUGCCAGACUGAGGCAUCUUAAUGAGUGGGAAUCAUGCCAACAGGAGAGUGAGAAGAUAUUUUUUGGCUUUUAUGAUCCCUGCAAUCUUCCCAACCAUCCCGGUUGGCCUCUUCGCAAUUUCCUUGCGUUUUUGUAUACAAGAUGGAACCUAGAAACUGUUCGCUUUUUCUGCUAUCGUGAAAAUCGUGGUUUUGCAGAUAUGGGAUUGUCACUUAUUGGUAAAGCCCUGAUUUCUCCGCAAGAAUGGGAGGUCCAUGGCCAUGUACCUAAAGCGGUUGGAUGGGAACUUGAUAAAGCAAAAAAAGUAACCAGAUCCAUUAACCUUGCUACAUCUAUGGAUCCUACCAGGUUGGCUGAAUCUGCUGCGGAUUUGAAUUUAAAGUUGAUGAGAUGGCGGGCUCUACCCUCUUUGGACUUGACUCUUCUGUCUGGAAUUAGGUGUCUUCUCCUUGGAGCUGGUACGCUAGGAUGCCAGGUUGCUCGGACACUCAUGGCUUGGGGUGUGCGAAAGAUUACACUGAUAGACAAUGGAAAGGUGGCCAUGUCUAAUCCAUUGAGACAAUCACUGUACACGCUAGAAGAUUGUCUUAAUGGUGGUCAAUAUAAAGCUCUAGCCGCAGAAAGAAGCCUUAAGUCUAUAUUCCCAGCUGUGGAUGCAAAAGGGAUCGUGAUGUCCAUCCCAAUGCCCGGACAUCCAGUGUCUAUCCAAGAGGAGAGCAAUGUGUUGGAUGAUUGCAAACAACUCAAAGAAUUGAUUAACGUACAUGAUGUAGUUUUUUUAUUGACAGAUACUAGGGAAAGUCGAUGGCUUCCAACACUCCUCUGCACAAGUUCCAACAAGAUCGCCGUGAAUGCUGCAUUGGGGUUUGAGAGCUUCUUGGUUAUGCGCCACGGAGCUGGCCCUAUCAGUUCUUGUGAAACAGUGGACGCCUUGUCAUCUAGCAUGGGGAACUUAUCUGUAAAGAAUGAACACAAGGAACCUAGAUUGGGAUGCUAUUUCUGCAAUGAUGUGGUCGCUCCGAUUGAUUCAACUACCAAUCGCACUCUAGACCAGCAAUGUACAGUUACACGUCCAGGUCUUGCUCCGAUUGCUUCAGCACUUGCUGUUGAACUUUUGGUGGGACUCCUUCAUCAUCCUCUUAGGAUAUAUGCACCUGCUGAAGUUUCCGGAUCAAGUGAUACUGGCAAUGAGCAACCUCUUGGUAUAAUUCCCCACCAAAUCCGAGGCUCACUUUCUCUGUUUUCGCAGAUGACACUUGUAGGUCAUGCUUCAAACAGUUGCACAGCUUGUAGUCCAAUUAUAGUAUCGGAAUUCCAGAAAAAUGGAAUGGAUUUCAUAUUGAAGGCAAUCAACCUUCCAACAUACUUAGAAGAUCUCACCGGAUUAACAGAAUUGAAGAAAUCAGCUAACUCAUUUGAAGUAGACUGGGAUAUUGAAGACGACAUUGACGAGGACGAAUGUGUUGAAAUAUGAAGACCGGGUUCUCACCGGCUUAGUUUGUAUAUUGCAAAACAAGGUGCCAUUCCCCUCGAAAGAAAAGCUAAAAGCUUAUUGUUUUAACCGAAAAUGUACAGAUAAUAUAGCAAAUAGUGCUUACUGCCAUAUAAAGGCUUUCAGAUUUGAUCGAUGGAAUUAGCCUAAGCCGAUGGGAUCAGUUGUGGUUGUGUUCGUAAUUGUGGUUGUAGUUGUGAUUGCGGUUUUAACGGUAAUAGUUGUGAUUGAACACAAUCGAAGCUAUUAAUACCUUGAUUCCUAUUCUAGUCUGUUACUAAUUCAACAGGAUAAUUCUUAUGUGUCA